AUGGCAAUUGAGAAAAUAUACGAUGCACUUGUGGUGGGGACCGGUUUUGCCGGGAUAUACCAAUUGUAUCGAUUAGUGAAGCUGGGCUUGUCUGUGAAAGUCAUUGACAAAGCAGGGGGGCCUGGAGGUACAUGGUAUUGGAAUAGAUACCCUGGUGCCCUGAGUGAUACAUGGUCAUUUGCCUACCGUUACUCAUGGGAUCUUGAGGACCUGAAAACAUAUAAGUGGUCAAACCACUAUGUCCACGGACCUGAGGUUCUUGCUUAUCUUGAGCAUGUCAUCGACCGCCAUGACCUCCGGAAAUAUAUACAAUUCAACACGGAGUUCCUCGGUGCAAAAUACGAUGAAGAUCUAAGUAUCUGGACAGUGGAGACGACCCAGGGCCAUUUAAAGGCUCGCUACCUAAUAACUGCUUUGGGUCUCCUAAAUAACGAGAACUGGCCUAGUAUUCCUAAAAAGGAUGAGUUCAAAGGCUAUGCCUUUCACACUGCAAAUAUUCCCCAAAACUAUAGCUUUAAAGGCAAGAAAGUUGGAGUUAUUGGUUGUGGUUCGACUGGAAUCCAAGUGAUAACUGCUCUGGCCCCCGAGGUGGAGCAUCUGACUUGUUUCCAACGACGCCCUCAAUACAGUGUACCCGCGGUAAAUAUACCGGCAACAAAGGAGUAUCGGGACAAUAUAAAUGACAACUAUGAGAAGAUAUGGGACCAAGUAAGAGGAAGCUUUAUUGCUAUGGGUUUUAAGGAGAGCACCAUUUCCGCUCUCAGCGUAUCGGACGAAGACCGUGAUAGGAUCUAUCAAAGGGCUUGGGAACGGGGGAAUGGCCUCCAUUUCAUGUUUGGCACCUUUUGUGAUAUCACUACAAACGAAGCUGCCAACAAGACUGCUGCCGAUUUCAUCCGGAACAAGAUUGAUCAGAUUGUGAAGGAUCCUAAGAAGGCUGAGAAGUUGAAACCCACUGACAUGUUCGCGCGCCGUCCACUCUGCGAUUCUGGAUAUUAUGAGUCAUUUAAUCAGGAUAACGUGGAUCUUGUGGAUCUCAAGUCUGCCCCAUUCGAUAAAUUCACCCCAGAUGGGAUUAAGACCAUUGAUGGUGUUGAGCAUAAGCUUGAUGUUGUGAUUUGCGCCACUGGUUUUAAUGCUGUUGACGGAAGCUACGCAAAUUUAAAUAUUAGAGGCCGUCGGGGAAAAACAUUGAAGGAGCACUGGGAAGCUGAUCCAAGUACUUACCUUGGUUGUGCUGUCUCUGGCUUCCCAAACCUCUUCCUCCUCCUGGGACCAAAGUCUGUCUUCGCGAAUAUACCGCCUGCUAUUGAAUCCCAAGUGGAAUUCCUUUCGGGGGUGAUUGCACGAGCUGAAGAACUCCGCAAGACUGAUGCUUCAGGGAGAAAGGUUGUACUGGAAACCACGGAAGCUUCUGAGGCGAAAUGGCGUGAACUCUGCGAAAAAGCUGCUGUCUCAAGUUUGUUUACAAAAACUGAUUCAUGGAUUUUUGGUGCGAAUGUGGUUGGAAAGAAAAAGUCGAUUCUGUUCUACUGGGGAGGAUUAGGGACCUUCAGAAACAUUAUCAAAGAGGAGAUUGAAUCGAAUUACAAGGGAUUCUACCCAUUUUUACAGUGA